AUGCCGCCCAAGGCCAAGGCGCCGGAGCAGAAGCCCAUGUCGAAGAAGGCGCUGGCGCGGCAGGCCGAAAUCGACCAGGCUACCAAAGAAGCGCAGAAAACGUACAAGCAGCAUGAGCAACUCCGCACCAAUGCGGAUCAGAUCGAGAAGGGGCACCGCGAGUAUUUGCUCCUCGACGAGACUGUCGCCAGGGCGCGGCUCAAGGCGGAAAGGAGGCUCUAUGGCGCCGCUGUGGCAGAGUUGAAGGCGGAGGAGCAGUUCGCGUUUGCUACCUACGCCAAGCACGACCACUGGGCACACAUUGCGGAAGCGUCGCGUUUGCCGAACGUCCACAGCGAGGCAGACGUCAACGACUUUCUCAGCAGCUGGAAGUGUCGACAGGUGACCUACGAUCAGUACGAGCCGGAGACUGUCGUCGUUGCCUCCCGCGCGCAGGGCGGCACAGGAGACCUGAAACUGCUCUUCAUUCGAGGCGAACAGCGUCUAGAGCCACAGAAGCGUCAGGCACUCAUGAAGGAGGAACUUCUGCAGUGCUACGACGCCUACGAGCUGGCCGAAAAAAUCAAAGAUGCCCAAGACACGUGCUCCUCGGUCGGCUCCAUGGCGCUGUCUUACAGGACUGCCCCAUCGACAGCUGUGUUGGAGGCAGUGUAUCGCCAACUACACGCCACGUUUGAUUUUGUGUCGACACAAAUGCUGCGCUUUUACGACCAAAUCAUUGAUAGCGCGGACGGUGAAACCGUCAUGCGCACCGUGUCCACGGAGAACCCGGUGGUCAAGUUUGGACUGUGGGUCAAGACAAAGGAUGUGACGCGCAGCUUCACGUCACUUGCGUUUCCAGACAUCGAGGUGCGCCUUGACCCAAAACAGAACUCUCUGCCGAAGCUGCCCAAAAUGCUGGGCCUUAGCAGGGAGAACAUUGCCGUGCGUGCGGUGCAGCUGGCCUUUGACCCCUAUUCCUGCUACGCCUCACGCCGCAGCCAGUUCUACGCUCUCGAUUGCACCAUCAAGAUCGACCUCCUCACCUUCGACGAGCGACCGCGAUAUAGCGGGGAUUGGCAGCUGCGUGAGGAAACACCCGAGUCACACAGGCUUCACAUAGAAGAGUACCCGCCACGAACCGCCGAGGCCCGCGUCGAGGAUCCGGCACUGCGCAUCUCCUUUGAGGUGCCUCACACAAUCGUGAUCCGUCAGUCAAGUCUCUUUAUCGGCAGAUGGAAUGCGGAGACUCACGAGUGGGAGCCGUGCAGUGGAGCAACGCUUGGCGCGUCAUUCGGCCCCACCGCGCGCGUCGCGGAGAACCCGCGGCGCGCAACGUUCGAGGUCGCCGAGCUCGCCCAGUUCGCUGUGCUCCAGGAAACCGUGUACGAUGUCCCCUACGAAAGCUGGAGCCUCAAACCCUUUGACAGCUCCCGCAUCCUCUUUACAUUGGAAGGCCGUCAUCGCGGCGACUCUACCGAUCGUGAGUUUCGCGUUCUGCUUGAGGACGCUAAGUGCCGUCUUUUAUCUCCUGAGGACGAUGAGCUGGCAGCGCUGCGCAGCUCGUGGUGGAGCCCGGCGGUGCUGCUGCGCAAGCUCAAGCAGAGCGGAUUUAACUUUCUGGUGUGUGAUGAGGAAGCGUGCUUCUUAGAAAACAUCACCCCGAAAUCCCUCCAGCUCGAGGAGAAAGCGUAUGCAGACAUGGCGCAGUUUAGUCAGUUCUUCACGAUUGCCAGCUCGCAUCACAACAAGCAUGGCGAGGACGCUGACAUGGCGCUUUUUCGAGUCUCGAAGCGUUGGUUGCAGCUGGGCGAAGAAGAUGAGACCUUCGACAUUCCCACAGCUGCUGAUCUGUGGCACUCCGUCCGCUACCGCACCGAUGACUGCGCUCUUGCCUGCUUCACCGAGACGGACGAAAUGACAAACCUGAACGUCCUCGACGGCGCCGAGACGCACUAUAAUCUGUAUAGCCUCCUCACGCCUCUGGAGGGGGAAGACGCGUUGCGUGGGCAACUCUUCAACACAAACUACCUGCUGCGGCGGUGCGUUCUCGAAUUCCUGCAGCUCGUCCGCCCGCUCACGUGGGGCUGA